ACAUGGAAGGAUAUUUAUAUAGUGCUAGCUUAAUCUAUAGUAUAUAGAUUACAAAACAAUGUAUACAGUAUGAUCCCAUUUUUCUAAAUGAACCAGUAUCUAUCACCUAGCUAGCUAGCUAUCAUCUAUCGGUCUAUCAUCUAUCUUUUCACUACCUAGUCAUCUAGAAAGAACAUACACCCAGGGAUGUUAACAGUGACUAGAGCUAAAUAUUCUUUAAAAAAAAAAAAAUGUCCCCUUGUAUUAGAAACCCUCUGGCAGGAAGCUUCCUCUUGCAAAGGCUAUAAAAUCCCUUCCCCUCCUUGCCCCACCCACUCCCAUUGCCAAGAACACUGAACAGGAAGAAGUGUUUGCUCAGGGAUGCUGCCAAGAUAGAAAGACCAUGUAAAGAAGGAAUGACAGUGCUUGAGCAGAAGGAGCAUAUUCUCUGAAGGUUCCUCUGCCCACCACACCAAGCAUAAGGCCACCAGGAAGAUCCCCACCUGCAAACUAGGCCAGCCUUCCCAAGAGAGAGCAGUAUCUAAUUCCCACAGGCCUCCUCAUCGCCUUCAUCAUGAACUGGCACAUGAUAAUCUCUGUGCUUGUCAUAGUGGUGCUUAAAAUUGUUGGAAUGACCUUAUUUCUGCUUUAUUUCCCACAGAUUUUUGGAGAAAGUCAAGUCAACUUCCUUCCCAGAGAGAGCUGUGAAACAGUUCCUCAGACUAUCGGGAGCAGUAAUGUCAGCUUAGUUCCCACAGAGAGCUCCGGAACAGUCUGCUCCAGAGGGUGGUAUUUUCAUCGAAGAAGAUGCUUUUUAUUGUCCCCUUUUGAACUGUCCUGGAACAAAAGCAGGGACUUUUGCAAAACAGAAGGAUCCACUUUGGCCAUUGUGGACACGCCAGGGGAACUGAAAUUUCUCCAGGACAAAACUGGUGCUGAGAAGUAUUUUAUUGGCUUAUACCAGCAAGCAAAGAACAGUUGGCGUUGGAUUGACAACUCCAUAUUCAAUGGCAAUAUUCACAAAGAUGUUGUAGAAAAAGCUUUUAUUCAUCCUCAUUGAACAGUUGAAUUGAAGCUGGGAGGUUUAAAAAUGUACUGAAUAUCGUCAAGCUGGGAAACUGUAGAGCCACAAUUUCAUCCCACAUCCCCUUGACUCCAAAACUCAUGACGUUUCCAUGAAACCAGACUCCUUCCAGUCAGACUGAAUGACAGAAAAAGAGGUGGGAGAAGGCCAACACACUUUCUCCUAAAGCCAGCUGGUGCCUAUGAAAGGAAGAGCAACCUCUCUCCUCCUCCUCUCUUUCCUCCUGCUGUGAACAUAGCCUAUGCAGUAUGAAAACAAUAUUUCUGAGAGGAAACGGCAGAUGAGAUGUUUCUAACCAAGCACAAGAGUGAGUUAAUCCAAGACCCUGAGUCCGGAAAGAGCGGGUGUGGAGCUGGAUUUGGGGAUGGAAGAGGGAGGGGCUGGACUCAGUAAAGCCAGGGCUGAAACAAUUGGCUUUCACCACACUUUCUCUCCCAUUUAGUGUUACCAAUCAACAUCAGAAUUUCAACUGUGUGACGAUAGGCCUAACAAAGACAUACGAUGCGGCGCCGUGUGACAUCAACUUCCGCUGGAUCUGUGAGAAGGCAGCCAAAUGAUUGCAGUUCUCUGUGGCCUCUGACAAGAAUGACAAAUAUGCUUUUGGAGAAAGCAAACAAUAUAUAAUUGGGAUUGGUCCAGGAAAUAUAGAAUAUCAAAUUAGUGUAUCAGUCUUUCACAGGUCACUGACAGAGCUCCCUAACAAAUUGCUCCACGGCCCCUCCACAAAUACACUCGCAUACACACAACAGAGGCAAACUCCCCAUUCUGGGCCAGCAGCUCCCCCGAGGCUCCACUUCCUGUGUCACACCCAUGACACUUAGAUCUGCACCAGGCAUCUAGUCAAUGACCCAUCUAUCUAUGAUGAGAGGUCCUUGCCUAUGUAGGGAAAUGAUCUUCUGCUUUAGGGGACUGGGUGCUAGCCAUGUCCAGGAGACAGGGUCAUUUUAUGGAGACAACUCAGUUGAUAUAGUGACAAAGUCUGUUUCCACAGAACUGAGCAUUUUUGACUGAUCAACAGGGUUUAGGCUGUUGCCAGGGUCUGUUUUAUCCUCAAAGCACAUGCCCCUACUACUGAGGAGAAACUGCAGACUGAGCAGGUAAAAACAAUAUUUAGAGAGUAGCAGGGGUAGAAGAGAGAUAAACUCAGCUUCCUGACUGCACCUCUAUUCCCAAGGGACCCUCGUUCACAUGCUCCCCCACCCCUACCUCAGGUGGGAUAGCAGAGGCCCUCCUCAGUCUGAAUUGAAGCCAGGCCUAGGGAAGGGUUCCUGGAGCCAAGGUUGGAGCAGAGAAAGCAUUGUUCACAGGAAUGGACAGGGGUCUGGCCAGGUCAGGAAUCUCCCAGGAAUCCCUUUGAAAACCAGACAGCCAAGAUGACCAAGCAAACUGAUCAAUGUUUUUCAACAAAGCCCUGAAAAGACACUCAGGCUUAAAUUUUCCUGGUUUUGACCUGAAUCUCCAUUUUAGUAGAUUUUAUUACCUGACCAUGCUUUUUGAGUGUAUUUUAAGAAUUAAUAAUAGUCUCCUGGGUUCCAGUGGUCACAAGAUAUUCCUGCCUGCAGUUUAGAGAGACCCUGCUACCAGGUACAGCCUUGUGACCAAAAGAUGUCACAGCCUUAUACUGAUUGGCAUCACAGCAACUUAGAACUGGUCCAGUUGACCAAGGAGUAAAAAAGAGGAGGACGACUCAAGGAAACAUAGGGUAUAGGCAAGAAGUAGGCAUAUAGUAGGGAGGGAACACCAGAGACAAAUGGAAAUCAUAUGCAGAAGGAAACAGAGUUCAUUUGGCCAUACUGGAAGAAAGGCAAGAAAAGUCUUGGGGCAUCCUGGCUAUUCUCAGCACUUGCAACAAAAUAUCAACCACAUACCCUCCUCAGUAAACGGAAAGGAAAAAAGAGACACCUCUGUGUUUGGAGUAACAAGAAUUAAGCCAUAAUGAAGGACUGUAUUAAACUAAUGGAAAUUAUAGUCCUCUAAGUAAACUUCUCACCGUUUGUGUCUAAAAACAGCAUACCACAAUGACUGUGUAUAUCAUCAGAUGUAUGACGAAGAAAAUUAUUGUUGUAUUGUCUAUUACAGUACUAAGCUCUGUUCCUAUAUUCCUAGGCUUCAUAAUUUUUAUACAAUUAGCAUGGCCAUUGUAUAAAAUUUAUUUAUAUAUAAAAAUAUAAUUUUUAAAAAAUGAGAUAAUACAUUAAGUGUUAGAAGUUGCUUGAAGGAAGUUACCAGAAAUAAUUUGUGUUUGGGGUGCAUUGGAUGUGGUAGUAGCAAGGAAUAAAGGCUACAGUUGAGGCAGGUGUUGGGGGGAGAGGCUGAGUCUAUGGUAGAUAAAGAAAGAAAACAGAAUUCUACACCAAAGGUAAGUCCCAGAAUCCAGACAACAGAAAGAAAACCACAACCCUUCUGUUUUGAGAAGGGAAGAUUAUGGUUGCCACACAUCCUGUUUUAUGACAGAACACAUUUCAGACUUCUAUAGUCAGGAAAUGUAGACAUCUAGUAAUUUCCCAGUAGACAGCCCAAAUUUCCCCCAGGAUGAGGACAUACUUCUGUGAAAGUUCUAAAAAGAGGCCCAGUGGGCUGGGGUGGGAGUAGGGAGCAUAUAGGGAAUAUGGUCCCUUUGGUUUUAAAUUCUUUACUGGAGGGUGCAGGGGUUGCUGGUUCCUUAAGAAGGUAGAUAAAUGUGACCUUAUUGACUGCAGUAGUAUGAGGUGUCUUUGUUUUUUUUUAAAGCAAUGGAAAUUUAGUAAACCACUGGAUUAGAGUUUUUGACUUUGCUCCCAAUAUGUGAAUCUGUAUAGAUUUCUUACUCUUUCUGCCCCUUAAUUUCUUUAUUAUAAAACUUAUACAACGAGGCAGUAAUAACCCUCUCACAGAAUUCUUGUAUAUAUUAAAUAAAAUGCCCACUAUGUGUACAGCUUUGUUCUAGUCUCCUGCCUGAUCACAUUCUCUCCCUUUCUUUUUUUUUUUUAAAUC